ACUCUGCAACACCAGACUCUCCUCAGCCCCAGUUCGUUUUCCCUCUUCUGCUUUUUGCAUGAGUGGAACAGCUGCCUGACUGGGAGCUACCACUCUGUCACCACAGGGGCCGCCACACUCACUGGCCCAGAGAGCACAGCAAUCUUUUGAAGAUGCAAGCUUCCUUUCUCCCCCCAUGUUCUUUCACAGUGGACUGGCCCUGAUGUAGACAGCAUGGGGGAGAGUGAGAGUGCGAGCUAGGCAACACUCUGGAAGCCAGCAGAUCAUUGCUGUGGUAUUCUGACUGCCACAGAGGCAGAGAGAGAGGGAGCGUGACAGACAGUAAGAGAGAGGGUGAGACGGAGCAAGAGAAGACGAGAGCACUGGAAGCCUCUGAGAAAAGGUUGCCAAACAGAACAUCAACAGCCGAGUGGAAGGAACGCCUUCAGGGGAAACUGACUAACAUGAAGAAGAGAACAGCCAGGAGGAGCUACUACUAAGAUGUGAAGAACAACUGGUGGUUUAUUUUGCCAUCUUUAAGAGGGAGAGAAGAAGAUAGAAACAACUGGUUAACCAUUGAAGACAACUCAAACAGAUAGGGUCUAUUCAGACACUACAGAACGGAUUUUGUCUAUCUAGACACAACACAAGAAGAUAGUGUCUACGCUAUUCAGACCAAGGGAGGAAGCCGAAAACAGUGCCAAGGAGGAUGUCUUGGCUGUCGCCUGUGUCUUGGGCCAAGUGGACGUGGACGGCAGUCCGGGGAGCAGGGGAGGGAGAGGACAGUGAAGAGGAGGAGGGCCAGGGGGUGAAGGAGGAGAAUGGACGGCUGCCCCUUGGAGGGAAGCGAGAGGAAGAGGAGGAAGAUGGAUCUCAAGGGUGCAGUUCGGACUCAGAGGGCCACUUUGCGACCCCAGAGGCUCAGAGUCCUGUCCACGCUCCACUCAGUGUCCCAGGAGAGCUGGAGAACCUCGCCACUGACAGAGCAGAUACCCUGGAGGAGGAGGAUGAACAGCUGAUGGUGUCUGGCCUAGCCGGGGAUCCAGUUCAUAGCCUCUUUAACCAGAACAUGGGCCAGGCUGAGCCCCCCUUGGCUCCUGAGGAGGAGGCCCCCGUGGACCCUAAGGAGGAGGCCCCCAUGGACUCUAAAAAAGGGCCCCAAAUGCUUCCCAACACAGACACUACCGAGGUUCAACCCUCCACAGCAGACCCACCAGCACAUGCCAAUGGAGAAGCAAUGACCAGUCCUGCUCUGAACUUAGGUCUACCCGAUGAGAGGCCAAAUGCUACUUCUCUGGACUUAGGCCUACCUGAGGAGAAGCCACUGGCUACUUCUCUGGACCUAGGUCAACCCGAGGAAAAGAGGCCACUGUCCAGCAGCACAGAGCCAGUUUGUAAUGGACAUCCCAUUGAGACCAUCUCUGAACCGCAGGCCACACUCACUAAAAUCCCUAAAACCACUAAAACCAAGCCCCCUUCCCUGAAGAUAAAGGGAGCCCUGAGCGAUGCUAGCACACAGGGGGACGGGGACAUUGACAUCAUCACAAUCCCUAAGGCUAGCUACAACUUCGACCCGGACCAGUUUGACGACAGCUUUAACCCAUUCGCCACUGGAGGCUCCAAGAUACAGAACUCCCCCCCAGCUUUUGCAGCCGAUGCCCUGCCUACACUUGAGACGCCAACUGUAAGUAGCUCCUUUCCCAAACUGGAGCCUUUACCUGUACAUAGCUCUUCUCCGCCGCUUUGUGGGACUAGUUCCUCUCCUAAAAUGGAGGUUGAGGAGGUCAAAGAGCCCAAGCCUGUGAAGAUGGAGUUUGGGUUAGACGAGGCAGGCGAGGUAACAAAAACACAGCCAAGGAGGCUGGGUAAAAAGCCUGGCAGCAAGCUCGCCACCAAGAAACCAAAGGCCAAAGCAACAACGAUUGCACCUGCCCCGACGCCGACACCCGAACCAGUUGUAGCUGAACCGGUAGCAGAGCCAGUUUCAGAAACCGCUUCUGAACUGCUUUCCGUGCCAGGUGCCUCCUUAAGUUUGGAUGACGUUCCAAUUCCCAAGUCAACUUAUAAGUAUGACCCCAACCAGUGGGAUGACCCUAAUUUUAACCCCUUUGGGGCUGGUGGUUGCAAAAUGAGCAGUUCCCCAGUUCUUCCUAAAGGAUCCAACAGCUUUGAUCCUCAGAACUUUGACGACUCAGCUGAACCCUUUAAGCCAUCUAAAGCCCUGGGCAGUGAAAACCCAACUUCUCAGGAUACCCCUGAGAGGCCAGCAGAGGAAGCAGUGAAACCAAAGCUGGAUCGCCCCCUGGAGGAGGAGAAGAAAACGCGCCAGCCUCCAAAGAAAAGCAAGGACAGGAUCAUCAAGAAUUCUUGUAAGGUGAAGAAGUAUGAAAACCAGUCCCUGGUCCUGGAUGUCUGCAAUCAGGAAGAGGAUGCGGUGGUGUCCCAGGUUCAAGGAAUGCCCCGCCGUGUUCGCCAUGCCACCGAUGAGGAAAAGUUGGCUUGCAGUGGCAUCAUGGGCCAGAAAGCCAAGGAGGAGGCCGAGGUGGAGGAAGACUCAGCAUGUGCCAAAGGCCCAGCCAACCCAUCCAAUGUCAAAAGCCAGGCGCUGCUGGAUGGUCCACAGGCGAGGAUAACACACUGUAUGGAUGAGAAAGACAUUUGCACUUCGAGUGAAGAGCUGUCAAUCACCCCAGAGCCAAAGUUGAUUGGCUGUGAGGGUCAUGAUGAUAAAGGCAGUCCUUCCUCCCUGGAGACCAUAUCGCAAAGUGAGAUGGACAAAGCAGCAGUGCUCACCUUGAUCAGAGAGGAGAUAAUUACUAAAGAGAUAGAAGCCAAUGAAUGGAAGAGAAAGUAUGAAGAAAGCCACAUAGAGGUGUUAGAGAUGAGGAAAAUAGUGGCAGAGUACGAGAAAACCGUUGCACAGAUGAUUGAGGACGAGCAGCACAAGAGGAGUGUCCUGGGCUCCCAGAAGAGCGUCCAGCAGGUGAUCCUGGAGCGGGACCAGGCCCUGGCUGACCUCAACUCCGUGGAGCGCUCACUCUCUGACCUCUUCAGACGCUACGAGAACAUGAAGACCGUCCUGGAAGGCUUUAAGAAGAAUGAAGAGGUGCUGAAGAAGUGUGCCCAAGAGUACCUGGUCCGCGUCAGACAGGAAGAACAGAGAUACCACACACUCAAGAUCCACGCAGAGGAAAAACUAGACAAAGCAAAUGAAGAUAUCGCCCAAGUGCGCUCCAGGGCCGACUCAGAGAGUGUGGCUCUUCAUGCCAGCCUGAGGAAGGAGCAGAUGAAGGUGGACUCUUUGGAGAGAGCCCUCCAUCAGAAGAACCAAGAAAUUGAGGAACUCACAAAAAUCUGCGACGAACUAAUAGCAAAGCUCGGAACAUUAGACUGAUACCUGAUAUCAGGAACUUUGGAGUUCUUGGAUGUACUGUUCCACCAACAUCUCUCCGCUCUGCCUUACCUUUGCAGCCAAGUCCUAACCAUCCCCACCACUAGUAAACGACUAUCCACACAUCAACACAAUCUGAACCCGUCUCUGCUAUUAUUACUUAUACACACAGGGAGUGACGGCAGUAUUCACCCGUUGUCUCUCGAAUGGAACAAAUAAACUGCGAAACAGCUAUGAGUAUAUGUUUUUUAUGAUCAAUUGAAGUAUUGAUGUGGCAAAUUGUAAUGUGCAUGUGCAGCUGUUAUAGGCAUGUAGUGCCAAAUCGUAACUUUUGCAUAAAUAAAGCAUAGUAUGGACAUUACUGUCGAUUUCUCCCUGUUGUGGGGCUAUGUGAGGGAUCUGCUUGUAACCUGUUGCGUUGCGUACUGUGGGGUGUGUUUGUAAAGUAUGUUCCACAUCAUGGAUUAUCAGUUUUGAAGAAAGAGACAGAGACGUGUGAUCCAGAAAGGGUUUGGGGGACAUUCUUCUGCUGAUACAGGGAAAGAGAUCAACAAUCAAUCAGUUGGUGGCUCUCGUUUUGCAAUCGCUUGCGUUCCACGGGUUUAGACUUUACACAAUCAUUCUGCUGCUAUUCUAGAAACUACUAGAGAUGGAGAGCGAUCCAUUUUUCAUUUGAUAGAGUUACCGUUUCGAUCUACUCUCAUUUCAUCUUCUAUUGUUUUGUACCUUUCUUUAGGUAGGACAUGCUUAUAGCGGUAUGCUAGUAUACUUUUUUUUUUUAAAUAGAUCAAGGGAUUGCACAUUUAUUUUAAUAACUAUGUAGCUUCUUGUUAUUUGAUAUCAACUUCAAACUGCAGUUUGUGGUCGAUGCUCUAGAUCUUUUAUGUAGCUCCAUGAGAUAUACUCUAUAUACUCCUAUUAAUUCUGAUUAUAGUUUGAAGGCAAAGCACACGUGUUUCAUGUGUACAGCAUAUGUUAAAGUAUCUUUGUUUACUCAUGUCUGUUAUCACCACAUGUCUGGAGGAAGUGCUUGGUUUUCUGUAUUAACAAUGCAACAUUAUUUGGAAAAACUCUUGUUACUGUAUUUGUUGUUUGAACAAAUAUGUUUUGUUAUAUAGACAAUAUAGGCUUUAAUCCAUAUUCCUUGUGUCUUACCCCUUAGCUCAUGUAGCUGAACAAAAGAGCACUAUGACAAGAAUAUCUUAACAAAUCCAUCAACGGAGUAGUGACAUAUCCUGUUUAUAAUUGGACUUUUGCUCUGUUUAAGAAUCGUUUGAAACUGACAUGUUUUGUUUUCAUCUUUCCUUUAGCUAGACACAGCAUAGGGAGCUGUGGUUGUAAGCUUGGCUUUCUGCAGUGCAGCCACAGUUACAUUUCUCUACAAGACCUUUGGAAAACAGGACAAAUAUUUUCUACCAUCUCCAUAAUACUAGAGUUGCCAAAUCAUUCCCUUGCCCUCAAAGCCCAUCACUGUUAAUGUUGUAGGCUCUGAGAAUAACAUUUCCAGAAAACACUAAAUAUUAUGACAGAUUAUGACAUAUGUGUAAACUAUAUACUAAUGCAGAUGUGGAUUCUUGUUCAGAUGUUCUCAGAGCGAACAAAAAGCUAGCUGGUGGCUAAACAGCACAACGACUAGUUUAUUUAAUGUUAUGGCAAUGUAUCGGACUGGUUCAUUUCAACCUUUAGGUCUACAAGGACCUACAGUACAGUAUGUGGACACGGAACUGUCCCCAAGCCCACUUAGGUGCUACCUACCUGAGUCAUAGUUUGGGAGCCAUUGCCUUAUCCUACCUAUUUCAUGAAUCAUCAUCAUCAUCCUCAUCAUCAUCAGUACCUUCAACUGCCAAAUGUUAUUAUUGUGCCAAAUAAAGGGGCUUCGGGAGGAGGUAUCAUGACUUAAAGGUCUGACUUUGAAGUUGCUUGUCAUUCUAGCACUGCAGUAUGUGUACAUUUUAUAUUGUAUGAAAAUAAUAUAAUUUUAUUGGAUUGUUCAUACAGAAUUUGUAAAGUGGAGGAACGAAACGUGCACAGAUUCUAUGAUGUUUACUGAUUGAUAUAUAUAUAUUUUGUGCAGAAGGCAUUUCCUGAAUAAAAGUGAUCAUUAUUGUGAA